GCAGACUUGAACGAUAAAUUGAAGAAUGCAGGAUUUAUCAAUCGCACCCUACGUGAACACCAAGAAGAGGGACUGAUCUGGCUUUGUAACUGCUUUAAAAAUCAAAAUGGAUGUGUUUUGGCUGAUGAAAUGGGUUUGGGUAAGACAACACAGUCACUGGCAUUUCUCUGUAUCAAAGCUAAUUCAGGAGUUCCUUCACUAGUUGUUGCUCCUCUUUCUGUUUUAAAUAAUUGGUCGACUGAGCUCAGCAGUUUUUUACCUAAAUAUACAGUUCUCAAGUAUUAUGGAGAUGCAGAGACGAGGACCACGUUGCAGAAAGACACUUGUGAUAUCAUGAUAACUACAUAUGAGAUGCUUCUGAAAGACAGUGAUUUCUUUGGCAGGAAAGUAUGGAAUAUAGUGAUUGUUGAUGAGGGUCAUAGGUUAAAAAACUCAGAGGGUCAAACGAAUAUAAAACUGAGAGAGUUGAGGUGCUCAUUUAGGUUGAUUCUGUCAGGGACCCCAGUGCAGAAUAAUAUUAAGGAGCUUUACACACUUCUAAGUUUCGUUGACGAUGAAGCUUUUCCCCUGAAGGAUUUAUCCGAUUUUUGCAGUAGAUAUGAACAAGAAAAGUUUCACAGUGAACUACAUGAGCUGCUGCGACCCUAUCUACUGCGUAGAACAAAAAAUCAGGUACUUGAUAAGCUUCCACCAUCUCAAGAAAGUAUAAUUUAUUGUGAACUUUCUGACCUUCAGAAGAACGUUUAUAAAGGUGUCCUGGCAAAAGAUGAGUCUGUCAUUGAUAUUAAUAGGAACAAGUCAAUACUACAAAAUACCAUCAUGCAAUUGAGGAAAUGUUCCAAUCAUCCAUACAUGUUCAAUGGAGUUGAACCUGAGCCAUUUUGUAUGGGAGAACAUCUUGUUGAAGCAAGUGGCAAGUUGAACACUUUGGACAAGAUUCUCAAGUACUGUCAGUCCAACCAUCACAGGGUUUUGAUAUUUUCUCAGUUUACUUUGUUAUUGGACAUCCUCCAAGACUAUUGCCAUUACCGUAGUUUCAGUUACGAGCGACUUGAUGGUUCAGUGAGAGAUCAGGAGCGGUACAAUUCAAUUAACAACUUUAGUCAGAAUGAUGUGUUUUGUUUCUGCUGUCUACGAAGGCAGGUGGUGUUGGACUCAAUCUAACUGCUGCUGAUACUGUAAUAUUCUUUGAUACUGAUUGGAAUCCCCAAAAUGAUUUGCAGGCAGCUGCUCGUGCUCAUAGAAUGGGCCAGACCAAACCAGUCAAAAUUAUUAGACUUGUCUCCAGGAAUACUGUUGAUGAGUAUAUGCUGAAAAAGAUGGAGUCAAAGCUAAAACUGACUACACGUGUCAUCACUGAAGGAGGAUUUUCUUCGUUUGAUAUUGCUCCAGAAGAUUCCAAAACUCUUUCUGACAUGCUUCUGUUCGGGUUAAGCAGUCUUCUUGAAGACAAAGAAGAUACUACUGAUGAUAUUGAGGUUGUUUUAGGUGGGACAGACUCCAAUGGUAACUGGGACUUCGAUAAAAAUGAGGAUAACGCAAAUACAAAUGGUCAAAUUGGUGGAGACGUUGAUGACUACUAUGAUUUUGAAGGCACUAAUUACCGAGAGAAGAAAGUAAAAGAUCGACAAACGUUUGAUGAAAUUAUAAAAGAGAAUGUUUCUUCUGUUCCUGCUGUAAGUAACAAUUUGACAUCUGUAAGGUCCAGGAAAACGGUCAACAUGAGUGAAGCAGAUCUGAAAGAGAAUGAAAAACUUCUUGAGAAGCAGCACAAAGCAGCCCAAGAGCAGAGAAAAGCUAAGAGAGAUGCGAAAAAGAAAGAAACAUGGGAUGAAGUCGGUUACAUUUCCACAGCGUUACCCACCAGUACUUUACCCAGUAAUCUGUUUAGUUCUCUGGAUGUGGAGUACGUGGUAGGAGACGUUACUUCAUCUAAUAAAACAGGCAUUGUUAUACACUGCACGGACAGUAGUGGUGAUUGGGGCACUGGUGGGCUUUUUACAGCACUAACUCGGAAAUCUCAAAAUCCACAAAAGUGCUAUGAGCUUGCUAAGGAUAUGGAUGAUUUACGUUUAGGUCAGUGCCAUGUCGUGGAUUAUUUUCCUGAUUUAGCUGUCGCUCUUCUCGUUUGUAUCAGGAGAGGUUCCUCUUCGAUGAAGCUCGAUUUGAAGUGCUUGGGAGAGGCGCUAACAUCACUCGGUAGUUACUCUGAACAGAAGAAUAUAACUGUUCAUAUGCCGAGGGUUGGUUUCUCAGUUGAAGAUUGGUAUGGGGCAGAACGUCUGCUCAGGAAAUGUCUUCUCUCUCAAAACAUACCUACUUUUGUUUAUUAUUUCUCAAAACGAUCCUCCAAUCAAACAUCAUCCCGUCAGAAUGUAACAUCUUCAAAAGCUGGGGCAUCUCGUUCGUCAUCCAGCCCGUUACAUAAACCUGCUAAGAAACAAAAGAAAUCUCUGUCAAAUUCUUACACUAACAAAAUCGUCUAUUUGGAUCCUGAACUUAGUCCGAGUGAGCAGGAAGUCCUUAAAAGACAUAUUGUAGCAGCAAAUGGAGAUAUACAGACUUUUCUCGGUGAUAACGUUACACAUAUCCUAUCAUAUGACAAAGAGCUCAAGACUGAUGAUGACUGCAAGGCUGUCAUUAUCAAUCCGUAUCAGUUUGUAAGAACACUGUCAUCUGUUGAUUUGUAAUGAGUCGUGUUGACAUGUGAAACGUGUAUUUGUUUUGUUAAGAAGAAGUUGAGUCAAAUUCAUAGCGUUCAAUUAUUUUCACUUAAUUUUAAAGUCUAUUUUCCACCUUAUUACUUUAGCACAUGGUAUUUGUAAUGUUUAAAUGUACGAUGUAGAUUUGUUGUAUCAUUCAAUUUUUAACUUUUAACAAUAAGCCAGUAAUUAAAUAAUAUUCUAUUAUGUUUGAUCAGUUGUUUACAUUAUUAUUUAUGAUUUUGUAUUAUCCGUAAAUUUUUAUCUUCCCUCCAAUAAAUAUUGAGCGGCAUAAAUUUGUGCCUGACGUUUUCUUUGGCUAUCACGUCAUACUGGUUACACUUCAGUUUUGGUAAGUUUUACCGUGUCACUGUUCAAUAUGCUUGUUCAUUGUUCAAAAGUCGUUUGUGUUUUUACAAUUGAUCGUCCAUUGUUCUACGGAAAUAUUUGUAAGAAUGCGAAUAAUGCAUUU